ACAGGUGGUCUUGUGAAGGCAACAGAUGUUUUGAUGAUCGCACCCCAGGACCUGGCAAGGAAAUGUAGGGUGCCGCUGGUAGAGGCACAGAGUAUUGUAGACAUCGUUUGUCGAGCUCUAGAUCGCCCACCGAGCCUGCUUGAAGACCUUGAACGGUCAGGCACCGACGCGUUUACAACAGGUGACUCCACCCUCGAUGGAAUACUCGGAGGAGGUAUCAGACCGGGCAUGAUCUGGGAGCUUGCGGGAGAAGGUGCUUCAGGGAAAACGCAACUAGCCCUCCAACUCUCGCUCAUGGUACAGCUCCCAUCAUCCAAGGGCGGACUUUCUGGCUCUGCGUGCUACGUGACAACGUACUCAGUACUCCCGACGACUCGUCUAGUAGAGAUGCUGCAUGAAAACCCGCUAUUGUCUUCAUCCUCCUGCAGUCUCUCAAAUGUGAAGACCGUUGUGGCAGGGUCCGUUGGGGCUCUUCAAUACAUCCUUUCAAACUCAGUACCUGCCCUUGUAGAAUCCUCAGCGACAUCUGGAGAUAUGCCUGUCAGACUGCUCGUCAUAGACAGCCUGGCAGAAGUCUUCCCGGAGGACAGGCCAUCUGCUGCUCAGCUUUCAGAACGCUCCAAGAGCGUUUCGGACAUCUCGAAAAUGCUUCACCGAUUGGCAAGCCAAUAUCGCAUGGCAGUGGUAAUCAUUAACCAUGUGGUUGAUGUGUGGGCGCAGGGCGCAGAUCGCGGCGUUCAGGGCGACCUCAUAUAUGCCGACCAAGCGCGUUUCUUCAGUCGUGCGGAUGGCAUCCCAGGGGAGGGCAGGAAAAGCGCCGCUCUUGGACUGGCAUGGGCUAAUCAAAUCAACGCACGCAUCAUGCUAACGCGGACUCAUCGACGGCAGGCUCUGGAUGAGCUUCAUGGCCGAGAGACGAAGCGACCACGCUUGGAAACCCCCGUGCCUCGGAGUGCUGUGGAGGUUCAGCCUUAUCUCGUUCGACGCUUAACUAUCAUCUUCAGCUCCGUAUCUCAGCCAGGUUCUCUCAACUUCAUCAUCACCGCUCAAGGCGUUAGCUCAAUCGACGACGAGAUCUGUUUCUCUUCCCCGCCGUCAGAUCCUCGAAUAUCCUCAGCAUCUCACUCAUCAGGGUUGGACUCCAGCCCUCCUCAACCACUGAUGGCUGGUGUGAGUAUUAACGAUGUCGCCUAUGCAGAGAAUGACCUACAAUCAACCUUAGACGUCGCCGAAUUGCAUGACGUUGAAGGCCAGGAGGAUGAUGAAGAGGCUCACUAUUGGAAGGAGCUUGGUGGGGAUGACGCUCUCUCGGAGAAUGAAGGAGACGUUGACGAGUCAAUCUUUUCGAGUAGUGCAUAA